AUGUCCUCCUCCGCCUCCGCCUCCGCCGCCGCCAAACCCAUCGUGGAGCACGUGGUGCUCUUCAAGGUCAAAGACGACACAGACCCGUCCAAGGUCAACGCGAUGGUCAACGGCCUCAACGGCCUCGCCUCUCUCAACCUGACGCUCCACCUCACAGCUGGCCCACUCUACCGCACCCGAUCUUCGCCCAUCGCCUUCACCCAUCUCCUCCACAGCCGCUACAGCACCAAAGACGACCUGAGCUCCUAUACUGUGCACCCGAACCACCUCAGCCUGGUCAAAGACUCGGUCCUCCCAAUCUGCGACGACGUCAUGGCCGUUGACUGGGUCGCCGAAGACGUUCAGGGCCCAGUGGCCCCACCGCCGGGGUCCGCAAUCCGCGUGUCGUUUUUGAAAUUGAAGGAAAAUUUGGGGGAAGAAUCGAAAUCUGAGAUUUUGGGUGUGAUUAAAGGGAUUAAGGGGAAGUUUGCGGAGAUUAAUCAGAUUAGCACAGGCGAGAACUUCUCUCCGGCGAGAGCGAAAGGGUAUUCGAUCGCGUCGCUGGCGGUGCUUCCGGGGGUGAGUGAGUUGGAAGGUUUGGAUUCGAAGCAGGAGCUGGCGAAUGUGGAGAAGGACAAAGUUAGGGAGCACCUCGAAAGCGUCAUCGUUUUGGAUUAUGUGGUGGCGUCGCCUCAAUCUGCAAGUCUCUGA